AUGGCGAGCGACAGCGUUAUCUGGGAGAUCAUCAACACGCAGUUCUGUGCUUUCAAGAUUCAAAGCAGACGUUCUGCCGGAAUGAGAUGA